AUGAGUGCGCCGGAAACUGACGGGUUCACUAAGGUGACCCGCAAAAAGAGGCGUAAGGCUACGGACAGCCCGACAAGCGACAACCAGCCGCUAAACUCCGACGACGGAACGGAGACCGCGUCGGAAACUACGCUCUCAAGCGACUGCGAGUCCGACUCGCAGGCUAGCUCAGACGAGACGGUCCGAAGUGCCGUAUCCGUCACCGAGAUCCGCGAGUCGGUCGCUCUGCGCAAGCAGAACAAGCUGCUACUGAAGCAGCUUAAGGAGGCUCGCGCUGAGAACCGGCAUCUGGCGACCGUCAUCGAGUCGCUGGAGGCCACAAUCUCCCGAACCUUCGGGACUUCCGGCGCCCCUCCGGCGCCUGCCGCGCCAACAGCGCCUGCCACGCCAACAGCGCCUGCCGCGCCAACAGCGACUUCCGAGGUGAUGGACACCACCACCGAGGAACCAACUCCGGCACCACUCGCCCUACCAUCCGGGUCAAGCCCGGCAGCGUUCCCGUCCCUCGGCGAAGCGAGGAAGCGGCAGCCCGCCGUCGUCCCGAAACCGCCAGCGCCAAAGCCACAACAACAUCAACAACCGAGGCCAGCCACUGCAGCCCCCGGAAAAAAGGAGGUAAGUCGAAAGAUUCCUCCAUUAGUAGUAGUCGAAGACGUGGCUACUUUCAAAGUCACCAAGACAAACAUAUCCCGCGCCCUCCCCAACAACUACCUGAUAAAGAAAUCAGGUGGGUCUCACCAGAUCCUAACUAAAACACCUGAGGAUUACGCCACCGCCAAGAGGGUGCUCGUGGAGAACAACAAUAAGUUCUUCACAUACACCCUCCCAUCGGAUAAGACGACCAGCCUCAUCCUACGAGGCCCUCGAUUCGACGUUCUCCCCUCAGGAGAUCGUCGAUGA